AUGGGUGCUCUGUUAUCGUUGCCACUGCUCGCGGUGCCGAGCGCAACCACCAUCAUGUCCUUCGCGGCCAGCUGCUGCGGCGCUGCGACCUGCUCCAUGGUCUGCAGUGCCUGUGGCAAGUGCGGCAAUAGUGUCGCAACCCGUAUCGCAUACGCGCUCCUCCUCCUCGUCAACUCGAUCCUUGCCUGGAUAAUGCUCACGCCGUGGGCGAUCAAAAAACUUCAGAAACUCACCCUCGACUGGGUCACAAUCAAUUGCCCGACGGGGGCAUGUCACGGCUGGUUUGCCGUGCAUCGAAUCAACUUUGCUCUCGGUCUCUUCCAUCUCAUUCUCGCCGGCUUGCUUUUUGGUGUUGCGACAUCCAGGAAUCCUCGCGCUGCCAUCCAAAAUGGCUACUGGGGCCCCAAGAUUAUUGCUUGGCUCGCCUUCGUUGUCCUCUCCUUCCUCAUUCCCGAUAGUUUCUUCCUGGUCUGGGGCAACUAUAUCGCGUUCGCCUGCGCCAUGCUCUUCCUUUUGUUGGGCCUGAUUCUGCUUGUCGAUCUUGCCCACAACUGGGCCGAGUACUGCCUCGCCCAGAUCGAGGAUACCGACUCGAGAUUCUGGAGAUUUGUUCUGAUUGGAUCGACCCUUAGCAUGUACAUCGGCUCGCUUGCCAUGACCAUUGUUCAAUACGUCUUCUUCGCCAAGCACAACUGCUCCAUGAACCAAGCUGUCAUCACUAUCAACCUCCUCCUCUGGCUAGGAAUUUCUGUCAUUUCCGUCAACCCCACUGUCCAGGAGUAUAACCCCAAGGCAGGACUCGCGCAAGCAGCAAUGGUGGCUGUCUACUGCACCUAUCUGACCAUGUCCGCUGUGUCUAUGGAGCCCAACAACGAGUGCAACCCUCUCAUCACAGGCCGGGGCACAAGAACAACCUCGAUCAUCAUUGGUGCUGUCGUCACCCUACUCACCAUUGCCUACACGACAACCCGAGCCGCCACCCAGAGCCUGGGCCUGGGCAACUCGAACGGCAUUCGACUCCCAGAGGACGACGAGCAUGAUUUGGUUACGCAACAGCCGAGUGCUCGCCGCGAAAUGCGAGCCGAGGCUUUGCGCCGAGCUGUCGAGGAGGGCAGCCUGCCAGCCGAUGCUCUCCUUUCGGAUGAUGACGACAGCGAGGCGGGUGAUUCCCCUGCUGGUGAUGACGAGCGAUCCAGGACCCAGUACAACUACUCCGUGUUCCACAUCAUCUUCUUCUUGGCGACGGCAUGGGUGGCUACUCUGCUUACCAUGAACUUUGACGAGUCGACCAAAGAUGGUGACUUUGCGACUGUUGGCCGUACAUAUGCGGCAAGCUGGGUCAAGAUCGUCAGUGCCUGGGUCUGCUACGGCAUGUAUACCUGGACUCUGGUGGCGCCCAUUGCACUGCCUGAGCGUUUCGACUUUUCCUAG